AUGAAGAAACAGUUUAUGAGAGCUAAACAAAUUGCUAAUCAAAGCAUUGGAAGGGCAGAGAAAACAGAAAUCUCAGAUAAACUACAACAGAUUGAAAAGAAAUCGGAAGCAGCUAAAAAGUCAUUAUCGACUGUAGUUAAGGUCUUCGUACCUUAUAUUAACGGUACCGGAGUUGAUAAAGAGAAACGACUACGAAAGAAUCAUGCAAGUCAUUUAGGUCAAAGUUUACAGGAUUGCACUGCAAAUCUUCCCAGCGAUAGCGUCCUAAAGAGUGUUGUCAUGGAUUUAGGUACUGCUUUAAAUGAAGUAGGAAAACUACAAGUGAAUGCCGAAGCAAAUAUAGAUGAAGAUGUAGUCAUUCCUAUCAGUAACGUAUUAGAGAAUGAUGGCGCUGCCAAAGCCAAAAAACGAUUAUCCGGUGCUAGACUAGAUAUGGACUCAGCUAAAUCGAGACUAAACAAGGAAAAGGAACGCAGCAGUGGUAGUGUCAAUAUGGUCAAGUUAAAGACGUUAAAUGAUGAAUACGAAAAUAAUGAAAAAAUAUUUAACCAAGCGCAAGAUGGCCUAGCUAUCGAACAUUUGCAAUUUCUCUCCAAUGAAACUAUGGUAGCCUCAUCCGUUUUAAACUUUGUGGACCAUCAAAUGCUGUACCUUAAAGAAGCAAUUGCUGUUUACGAAGCAUUUAGGCCAUCCAUACAAAAAUCGAUUGAACAAUCCCCUCGAAAAAAAGUAUUUGGCGUCACGUUAACAGAACAUUUGCAAACGUUCAAGCGUGAAAUUGCAGUGGUAUUGGAAGAGUGUAUAAAGUAUAUUACCGAGAAUGCAAUGGAAACUGAAGGUUUAUUCCGAAUUACCGGAAGUGCUUCUCAAAUGAAAUUGCUUCGGGCUGCUUAUGAUGGAGUUGGUUCUAUUGAGAGCAUCCUUGACGAAAGGGAUUUUAUUCCUGGAAUUCAUUCUAUUGCAGGUACACUAAAGCAGUAUUUGAGAGAGUUACCUGAACCAUUGAUGACUCAUGAAUUCUAUGACGAAUGGAUAGAUGCUGCCAAGAUCACUGAUCCCCAGGAGCGCUUGCAGGAGUUGUGGAGGGUAAAUAGAAGCCUUCCGAAAGAAAAUUAUGAAAAUCUAAAAUUUUUGAUAACAUUCCUAGCCACCUUAGCAGAGAAUGCGGAAAUCAAUAAAAUGAGCAGUAGCAAUCUUGCUUUAGUUAUGGCACCAAAUUUACUACAAUCUUCACUACAAGGCUUAGAGAGUCCAACGAGUCAAGUACAUUUCAAUGAAAUUACAUCUGCCGUACAAAGUUUAAUCGAUCACUGUGAAUGGUUUUUUCAGGAAGACUGCGUUUAA